UGGGCAGCGGCGAACUUCAAAGUCAUAAAUCUCACUCCUGACUGGCUGGCGGCCCACCAAAGUCCUUAUCAAAUCCAAAGAAGUGAUCCUUCACUCCCUCAGAUAGUCCAGGGAUAGCUGGAGGAGAGGAAGCGACGCGAGCGCACUUUUUUUCCGCGAGAAGACGCAUACAAGUCUUUCCGAAGAAGUGUAUUUGGUGCUGCUUUAAACCGGGAAGCUCGAGGAACUCGAGGAAGUGUUGCCAUGGCAGCUGUGGCUGUGCUGAGGAACGACACACUACAGGCAUUUCUUCAGGACCGCACUCCCAACUCCUCGCCGGAAAACAGCAAGCACUCUCCUCUGGCGCUUCUAGCGGCGACGUGCAACCGGAUCGGCCACCACCACGGAUCCACACCCGCGGAGUUUAUCCAAGUUCCCUACGACACGACCCUCGGGUCCCCGUCACGGAUUUUCCACCCUUGGAGUAACGAGGCCAAUCCCCAGCCCUCGCUUUCCAACAAUUCCUCCUUCGGACUAUCUUCCAAAUCUCACCUGCAGGGCUCGUACGGCGCCCACCACGAGCUCCCCUUAACCCCUCCGGCCGACCCCGCUUAUCCCUAUGACUUCUCUCCGGUCAAGAUGCUGCCGUGCUCCAUGCAGUCGUUGCAGUCAAGCUGCCCUCCGACCUACGUGCCCGCCGUCACCUACGCGGCGCCGCCCCCCAUCCCGCCCGGCUUCGUCCCGGGCCACUCAGGCCUGGUCCAUCAGCAGCAGAGACAGCUGUCUCCAAACCCCGGGGAGGAUAUACCCUGGUGGAGCCUUCAGCAAGGAAACCACGUCAGCCACCCGUCCGGCCUCGGCCCGCACCGCUUCCCCAUCCAGAGGGGCUUGGUGUUGGGACACACAGACUUCGCGCAGUACCAGACUCAAAUCGCGGCGCUCCUCCACACCAAAUCCCCGCUGGCCACGGCCAGGCGCUGCCGGAGAUGCCGGUGUCCUAACUGCCAGUCGUCCAGCUCCAGCGACGAGCCCGGCAAAAAGAAACAGCACAUCUGUCACAUCCCCGGAUGCGGGAAAGUCUACGGCAAAACCUCGCACCUGAAGGCGCACCUGCGCUGGCAUUCGGGAGAGAGACCCUUCGUGUGUAACUGGCUCUUCUGCGGGAAGAGCUUCACCAGAUCGGACGAGUUACAGAGGCACCUGAGAACUCAUACCGGCGAGAAACGCUUUGUGUGUCCGGACUGCUGCAAGAGGUUCAUGAGGAGCGACCAUCUGGCCAAACACGUGAAGACGCACCAGAACAAGAAGAGCAAAAGUCACGAAAAGACCUCUGAUUACGUCAAAAGAGAAGACCUGAGACCCGUGUAGUAGUAGUAGACUCGGAUGACCAUAGACUAGUGCAAUACAUACAAUCUUCAGGAAGCCAAAAUACGGUUUUGUUCUAUGAGACUCGUGAGACUGGGAGUCUCUGCUUUUUGCUUUUUAUUUUUGGGACUUGUAAAUAUAAUUUUCAAGUCAUUCUCGGUUCCUCGAGGAACCCGCCCCCUCGAGCCGCUCGAAACAUCAACAAGUUUUGACUUGUGUUCAGAUCUCUGUCUUCGGUGGAAGAUUUCUUUAUUCUGUAAAUACAUCGAUAGCUUUUGUUGAAUGAAAGUGUCAGUUCUCGCUCCUUGUGGGGUGUUUUAGCAUGCUAUUUGAAAACCACCAUCUGUUAAACUUUUCCGGAUUAUUGUGUGAAAAUAAAGAAUAUGACUUGUAACGUGCCGUUCGAAACGUAAGGCGGUGGAUAGGUUUAUUUUUGUCGAGAGGAGUUUGAAUUCGAGUGCGUUUUAUAUAGCGUGUGUGAGUGUGUAUCCAACAGAGAAACGGUGAAACUCUGUUAAAAAUGAGCCGAGAGCGAAGCACUGUGAGAUUUAUCAGUUAUUAGGAUGCGUAGAGCUCAAAGGACCGCUUUUAUACGCCAUUAUAUGAGUUUAAGAAUAAAGCAAACGUUAACUGACAUCAGCUGUAGUCUUCUGUUUUUCGUAACGUCGCUCAUGAGCGUUUAGCUAUUUGAUAUGUAAAAUAUACGAACACGUCCCCAAGCUGUCCUGCGAAACCCAUCUGUAAGAAACCACCUUUUCUGCGCUGCACUGAAAUCCUAGAAGCACGUUAAUGCUGUAACGAAAGAUGCGUUACUAUGUAAUACCGUCUGCGUGACCCAAUUAGAAAACAGAACAUGGGUACAGUGGUGUUCAUCUGCUCCGUCUCGAGACGGAAACUGAAAUUAAAUCGAGUGCUUUCUGCCCGUUCGUUCUAAAUAGGAGCACUGUACUUCUAAUGAAUUGUCUGUGUGAGUUGUGUUGGCCAUUUUCACGUUUUGCCCCCCCCCAAAAAAUCUGUUUAACGUUUCUGUCAUCUUGCAUAAAACUGCAUCGGUUUACAAUAUAUUAAGGACGCGUGUGUUAUGGGUAUUUGGAGGGGGGGGGAAUUUUGGCACCUAGAAAGAUGUUAAUUCUUUGAACUCUAUGGGACAGUUUUUCCUGCAAUAGCGCCUCCGUUGGUAAAAUCCAGGCACGCGUCACCUGCUCCGAUGUUUCAGAAGAUCCACUACUUGUUCUAGCUCUGCUAGUCUCCACAGAACAUCAGAUUCGACCGAGAUUCCUAAAAGCUCUUCCUCGCUGACGGCAUGCAAAACCAAGUUUUUAAUGUUUUCUAGUGUUUUCACAGAAAGCCAAAAACAUCGCACCUUUGCUUUCCUUAAGAAAUACGCUCAUUCGUCAUUGUUUCUUUGCUAUCCGUUGUUUUUAACGCCGUUUCAGGACAUCCGUAAUUCUAGUUUCCAAACUCCUUCAUCUCUUUAUCCAUCACCGUGAGCGAGAUCAAGAGUUUCUAUCACAACGAAUAGUGUUAAUACGUGCACAGCAAAAAGACGAAUUAUCCGGGCGUGCAUUGUCAGCUCUUCACGUUUUUAAACAAGUCAUUUCUUUCCAGAGUCAUAUAAAAAGACAUGAUCGGUAAGCUAGGCCUUAAGCAUCACGAGAAGCCCAGGGCAUAAAACACAUACAAACCGCAAUGAGAGCGUGCCGUUAUUUUAAUUUAGUUGUAACUAAACUUAUUCAUUGCCAAGAUGAAUCCCAAACGAAAGAAAACAGAGACGUGAUCUUGACGAUAGCGUCUCAAGUGCUUUAGCGGAUGUGUCCGAUGCCGUAGUAUGAAUAGCCCCGUAAUGAAUAAACCAAUCACCGAAGCGUCUGCUUUCAGGUGCAGAGGAACGCGUCUCUGCCGCAGCGAGCAGCGAGCUCUUCCCACAGGGCAGACGAGGCCGUUCCUCUCCUUCAGAGAGCGAGAUAUGGUCAGGCUAUCACAACAGCACAUGUGGCUUUGCACGGAGGGACUGCUGCAGGGAGUUUGUGUUUAAGCCUCACCGUGACCUGAUCUGAAUGCCACACUCUGAUCUCCCUUUGAUGUCAGUCUGUUGAAAGUCUGGCAGAAUCAGGCGUUUAGACACACGUACUUAAGCAUGCAUACUUGCGAUCUUACAUGUGCUUGUUUAUUUUAGAGUAUUAAAUGUGGAAAAAAAAAAAAAUGAAAUAAACCCAGGCCUUGCCGAGCAUCAAA